GAAUUUAAGGGGAGGGCACAAAGUUCUUCUUAUAUAGUGUGGGAGCACAUUCUUUCAGCGCAGUCUAAGAAAGGAUAGAACUGGUUUUUAUUCGCAUAAGAGUUGUUCUACAGUCAAAGUAAAAAUGAGGGAAAUUGUGCAUCUUCAGGCUGGACAGUGUGGAAACCAGAUCGGAGCUAAGUUCUGGGAGGUGAUCAGUGACGAGCAUGGCAUUGACCCAACUGGUACAUACCAUGGGGACAGUGACCUCCAGCUAGAUAGGAUUAACGUGUACUACAAUGAAGCCUCAGGUGGUAAAUACGUGCCCCGCGCUGUGCUUGUCGACUUGGAGCCAGGGACCAUGGACUCUGUGAGAUCCGGACCCUUCGGCCAGAUCUUCAGACCCGACAACUUUGUGUUUGGCCAGAGUGGUGCUGGAAACAACUGGGCCAAGGGCCACUACACAGAGGGAGCUGAGCUGGUGGACUCAGUCCUGGAUGUUGUGAGGAAGGAGGCAGAGAGCUGUGACUGUCUGCAGGGCUUCCAGCUCACCCACUCCCUGGGAGGUGGAACUGGCUCUGGCAUGGGCACCCUGCUCAUCAGCAAGAUCCGUGAAGAGUACCCCGACCGCAUCAUGAACACCUUCAGCGUGGUGCCCUCACCCAAAGUAUCAGACACUGUGGUGGAGCCCUACAAUGCCACCCUGUCAGUCCACCAGCUAGUGGAAAACACUGACGAGACCUUCUGUAUUGACAACGAGGCUCUCUACGACAUCUGCUUCCGUACCCUGAAACUCACUACUCCCUCCUACGGCGACCUCAACCACCUGGUGUCGGCCACAAUGAGCGGCGUCACAACCUGCCUGCGGUUCCCAGGACAGCUGAAUGCUGACCUCCGCAAGCUGGCCGUCAACAUGGUGCCCUUCCCCCGCCUCCACUUCUUCAUGCCCGGAUUUGCCCCCCUCACAAGCAGGGGAAGCCAGCAGUACCGCUCCCUCACUGUUCCCGAGCUCACCCAGCAGAUGUUCGACGCCAAGAACAUGAUGGCCGCCUGCGACCCCCGCCACGGACGCUACCUUACAGUGGCUGCCAUCUUCCGCGGGCGAAUGUCCAUGAAGGAGGUAGACGAGCAGAUGCUGAACGUGCAGAACAAGAACAGCAGCUACUUCGUUGAAUGGAUCCCCAACAAUGUCAAGACCGCCGUCUGCGACAUUCCCCCGCGUGGCCUCAAGAUGGCCGCCACCUUCAUUGGCAACAGCACAGCAAUCCAGGAGCUGUUCAAGCGUAUCUCCGAGCAGUUCACAGCCAUGUUCAGGCGUAAGGCUUUCCUCCAUUGGUACACAGGUGAGGGUAUGGACGAGAUGGAGUUCACUGAGGCAGAGAGCAACAUGAACGACCUGGUGUCUGAGUACCAGCAGUACCAGGACGCCACCGCUGAGGAGGAGGGAGAGUUUGAGGAGGAGGGAGAAGAGGAGCUGGCCUAAAUGUUUGUGUAAUUGUGCUCUUCCAAGCUGUGUUCACUGACAUGUCAGUCUCAACCUUUCCAGUGUUCCAUUAUCUGUCCGUUUUUGUUUUGUCAUCUCUGCUAUUACUGUCAUUUCUUGUCUGUACAGAAACAUGUCAAUAAAAUUUCUUAUGUUUAAA